CCGGUGUCGGUGUAGUCAAGCGUGCGGGGACUGUUGUCUUCACCUGAGCAGACGGCUCUGAGAGUGAUCCUGACGCCCGUCUGUCACCGCGAACAAGACUGGAAUCUGAGCGGGAGGGCAGUCCAUGCAGAGCACCAAAGGAAAACGUCUUGCUUGGGAGAUUUAAAGAAGGUAAAGAAUGGAGCAGUCAACCUCAGAAUCUCCUAUCCAUCAGCUUUCGUUGCCACAUCCAUACGUUGAAAAAUAAGUGGACGUCGGAGUUCUCAGUCAUGAAAGUUUUAUAUGAAGUUGACAAGAGUGAUGAACUCGGACCAGGAAAGGCCGUUCAUAUGCAACGCUCCGGACUGUUCUCAGCGAUUUCCCACGGAAGACCAUUUGAUGAUACAUCGACACAAACAUGAGAUGACCCUCAAGUUCCCCUCGAUCAAGAGCGACAACAUGUUAUCAGACCAGACGCCGACACCGACACGCUUCCUGAAGAACUGUGAGGAGGUGGGACUGUUCAGUGAGCUGGAUUGUUCCAUCGAGCAGGAGUUUUGUAAAGCUCAGGAGGAAGAGGACACGAAACAGAACAUUGCACUUCACAGCCAGUCGGGCCAACACCAGCAGUCCCACACGCGGAUGGGCAACCACGACACCAGCAUAGUGAUCCAGCAGGCCCUGCCUUCCCCUCAGUCCAGCUCCGUCAUCACUCAGGCCCCCUCCACCAACAGGCAGAUAGGGCCUGUCCCCGGAUCCCUGUCCUCACUGUUGCACCUACGAAAUAGACAGAGACAGCCUCUGCCAGCCUCCAUGCCUGGAACCCUGCCAGACCCAACAAUGCCUGGCUCCUCUGCUGUGCUGAUGCCUAUGGAGAGACAGAUAUCCAUGGGAGCCAACAUGAUGGGCAUGCAGGGUCCCACCCACAACAGCCCCUGCUCCUCCGCUCACAUUCCCUCCAUGCACUCAGAGGCCAAAUUGAGGCUGAAGGCCGCACUGUCACACCACCCCGGCGCCAUCACCAACGGCAACAUGAACUCCAUGGGCCACAUGAUGGAGAUGAUGUCGUCCCGGCAGGAGCAAGGCAGCCACCAUCACAUGCACUCGCACCCGCACCAGCACAUGCAAGCCUCCCCGCACACCUACCAGCACCACGGCCACCACCACCACAACCAGAGCGGCCACCACCACCCGCAGGGACACAACCCUCACCACAACCCCCACCUCCACGCAGGCCACCCGCACCAGACCUCACCGCACCAGCCCAUGCACUCGGCCUCACAGAUGUCACCUGCAACCCAGCAGAUGCAGCCCACACAGACGUUGCAGUCCCCGCCCCCCAGCGGCGGACGGCGCAGGCGCGUGGUGGACGAAGAUCCGGACGAGCGUCGGAGGAAGUUCCUAGAGCGUAACCGAGCCGCGGCGACCCGGUGCCGACAGAAGAGGAAAGUGUGGGUGAUGUCGUUGGAGAAGAAGGCGGAGGAGUUGACUCAGACCAACAUGCAGCUUCAGAACGAGGUGACAAUGCUGAAGAACGAGGUGACCCAGCUGAAGCAGCUCCUGCUCACACACAAAGACUGUCCCAUCACCACUAUGCAGAAAGAGUCGCAAGGUUACCUCAGUCCAGAGAGCAGUCCGGCGGGGAGUCCGACGCCAGCGUGCUCGCAGCAGCAAGUCAUUCAGCACAACACCAUCACCACCUCCACCACGUCUGUAGGGGGCAGCGGUGUGCACGGACAAGCCAACCACCGCACAGACAUUAACCCCAUUCACUAGCGUCAAAAGACACUGUGACUCUCUGAGGGUCUCCACACGCUGCCGCCCAUCACUCCAUCCCAAAACCAUCCUUUUCUUAACACACUUUUUUUUUACAAUGCAACUUUAUUAACAAAGACAGAUGUACCUUGUUUUUGCUUUGAGCUGAAAUCCUUCUCCGUUCACUUGAGAAAAAAAAAUCUUGAAUUAUUCCGCUUUUUCAUUUCUAGUGGCAUGAAACUAAAAUUCAUCAUACAGUCUGGGACAAACUGUAAGUGAAAACUGGAAAACUUAAAUGUUUUUGUCGGCAGAAAAAUACAGAUUUUUAACAUCAUAAAUAUUUUUUUAUAAAAAGGGAUUUCUAUCUAAAAUAAUUCAGCCAAUCAGAAUAUCUCAACAUAAACAUGAAAAUUGAUUCAGAAAAAGCAAGUUAUUGUCCAAACAAUAGAUGCUUUUAAAAUUCAGUCAUUUUUUUCUCUCAAGUGAAGAGGAUGGCUUUGGAACUGCAGUGAUGUUGGGGUACACUCGCUCUCAUCUCUCUAAUCUGCCGUUAACCUGAACUCAAAGUUGGAGUGUGUUCAUCCAACCUGAGGACAUGGAUGCAGGUUUUAGGCUCUUCUCUCAUCAGUGCGCGGAAAUCUGAUCAAAGCAAUACGCCGCGGUGUUGAUGGUCCGCCCCGCGAGCGCCGCUCCGGCCAGACGCUGUAGCAGCGACACAACACUGUGAUGCCAGCGAGGCAGCUGAGGAGGUGGAACUCUCUCCGUUGCUCUCCAGGACCAAGCGAAGCUUUAAUAGUUGUGUGUGUGUGUGUGUGUGUGUGUGUGGAUGAAAGAGAAAACAGACCAGGAGUGUGUGUCAGCCACGGUCAUGUGUCUGGACUGCAGAACAAAGUUCGGCAGACGUCUUACGAAAGAAGACCAAAAACCAAGAAAGGACGGAGGGGUUUCUGAAAUCUCACAACGUGCCUGACUUUACAUUUCCUCUGAAACAAUCAAGUGUUCUCGCCAUCCUCGGAUAAGAACCCCCAACCCUCUUCCGUCAGUCUGGACCGGAGCUCCUCUCUGGAAGCUUGUCACCCACCAACCACUGUUCCAACGGGACAAUGGAUGGAGAUACAUUCCGGGACGGGGGGAGUCAUCGCAGAGCCGACUAUGCACUUUUGUUCUAAGAUAGCCAUAUGGUUCUCAGUGACCCCCACUUUUCUCACACCAGCGGCAACUUUCACUGUGCAGGAAGAGCUUUGAAUAAGCUUGGUUAGCCAUUUAGAGGGGACCGUGAAGGAGAGAGGAAUCUUGAAAAGGGCUCUGCUCGACUUGCCUUACCUUUUUGAUUCACUAGAUUGUUAGAUCAUUCCAGUUUAACCUCUUGCAUGUGAAAUGUCGCCCAUGACCUCAUCGCUGCCAUCGCGCUGCCAGCAUCAGCUUCAGUCAGAAUUGUUUUCUUAGUAACAGGUGUCCUUGUUCCACUUCCCCCGAACUGAAGAAGCUACUUGGACUCUACACUAAAACCCAUUUUCCCAUUGAGGGAGCAGGAGCUCUACUCCGAGUCUCAGACGACUGAGCUCCUCACUCCCCAUCUCAAAUAAGAAAAACGAGGGGAAAAACUUCUGGCUUCAAAGUAAAAGCCCAAACUGUGCACUCGAAGUGAUCAGUAGCGGCUUGACUCCAAGUCUAUGGCAGAUGAAUGAGCGCCACACUCGUCGUAAUUGACACAAAUUCUUCAUGGUUUGAAGAUUUUCCUGCCACAAAAAUGCACUUCCACAGAUUCAUCCUUCAUAUCCGAUAAUGUACUGCAACAGUUGAUGCUAUUGUUGCAACCUAAGGUUGAGCCUCAAAUCCUGUGGCAGCUCAGACUCUGUCCAGACAAACCGUGUCCUCUCACAGAAGCAUGGAAACAAUCUUCCUGCCUUCUUGGUGGAACUCACCUGAAGCAGCCAGGACACCACCUCAGUCCAUUAAGAACCUAGUCGACAACUGGAGUAAACUUGGAGCAGAACUUAAAUUCUCUUGAAGCCAGAGUUGCACCCCGCUCUUUCACCCCAAAGACAGUUCUGUCAGCCAUUACUGAGGCCAAAGAGCUUCGCCCUUUUGGCUCUUUUCCCCAUUGUAACCUCAUCCUUCCACCUACCUCAUCCUCCUUUUCAAGUCACUAAAAAACAGUUCUGGUUUGGAGCGAGUGGCCAACGCCAGCGCAGCCGGAUCGCCUGCCUCUGUCCCCCCUGCAGUCAGGUGUCACUUUUUUGCGUGAAAAGGAGCGUUCGGGAGUGUGUUGUUACGCUUUAAUUGUGUUAUUUGAAUGAUACGACUAUAAAUAGUGUACAUAGUGUCGUUAAUUUCUAUAAUCGUGUACAUGUAAUUGCAACCACCUUUCUUGUUGAAGGGAGUGAAUGUGUGGUACAUGUGUGUAAAUAGUCUUUUACAGCACUUGUUGCCUUUUGUAUGUACGUCGAGGCUCAUUUCAGCGCUUAUGGUUUAUAUGUAAGGAACGAUCAAUACAUUCUUGCCUGCAUCACCGCGUCUCAACUUGCUUCUGUGCGGAUCUUCGCCUCGUACCGAAGUGAAUGUGGAGCCGGACCCAGAGCAUGUCUUUGACCCCGAGUUUAAAGUUCAGAGAGCCACUCCACACCGGGGUCCCGGAACUUCUCUCGAAGUGCUGACCACUGUGGUCAAGAGCUGCAGUUCUGGGGGGCAAAGUGAGCUAAAUAAUUACAUAGAGAAUGACAUCGAUGGGCCAUGACGACCCUUUAAGCGGGAAUCAGGGAUGCAACUCUUGUGGCGCGCUGCCCCCUGGUGGCUACUUCGUAGAGCUACAACCGGCCCUUACAAUGGCGAGUUUUGGUGACGCCGCAUGUUUGGCCACCGGGGAGAGCAAAGCAAGCACUUUUAACCCAAAUC